AUGAAUCUCCUCGACCCUUACCUGAAGAUGACAGAAGAACAGGAGAAGUGUCACUCCGACGCUCCCAGCCCCAGCAUGUCCGAGGACUCCGUUGGCUCUCCGUGUCCGUCCGGCGGAUCCGGCUCCGGCUCGGACACCGAGAACACCAGACCGUCCAACAACAACCACCUCCUCCUGGAUGCAGAAUACAAGAAGGAAGGAGACGAGGAGAAAUUCCCGGUGUGCAUCCGAGACGCGGUGUCUCAGGUGCUGAAGGGAUACGACUGGACUCUGGUGCCAAUGCCGGUGCGCGUAAACGGCUCCAGUAAAAGCAAACCUCACGUCAAGAGACCGAUGAACGCGUUCAUGGUGUGGGCUCAGGCUGCACGGAGGAAGCUGGCCGAUCAAUACCCGCAUCUGCACAACGCGGAACUCAGCAAAACCCUCGGCAAACUGUGGAGAUUGCUCAAUGAGGGAGAGAAGCGUCCGUUCGUGGAGGAAGCUGAGCGCCUGAGGGUGCAGCACAAGAAGGACCACCCCGACUACAAGUACCAGCCACGCCGGAGAAAGUCUGUCAAGAACGGACAAAACGACCCAGAGGACGGAGAGCAAACCCACAUCUCUCCUACUGCCAUCUUCAAGGCGCUGCAGCAGGCCGAUUCUCCUGCGUCCAGUCUGGGCGAGGUGCAUUCUCCAGGAGAACACUCAGGUCAGUCCCAGGGCCCGCCAACGCCCCCAACAACCCCCAAGACAGACCUCCCCUCCAGCAAACCUGACCUGAAGCGCGAGGGGCGCCCCAUGCAGGAGGGCACCAGCCGCCAGCUCGGCGGCAUCGACUUUGGAGCCGUGGACAUCGGCGAGCUGAGCAGCGAGGUCAUCUCCAACAUGGGGAGCUUCGACGUCGAUGAGUUCGACCAGUACCUGCCGCCUCACAGCCACGCCGGGUUGACCGGAGCGGGCCAAGCCGGCUACACCAGCAGCUACGGCAUCAACGGCUCUUCGGUCAGUCAGGCGGCCAACGUUGGGGCCCACGCCUGGAUGUCCAAGCAGCAGCAGCACUCUCUGACCAGCCUGGGUGGAGGAGGAGGAGGAGGAGGAGGAGAGCAAGGCCAGCAAGGUCAACAGAGAACCACCCAGAUCAAGACAGAGCAGCUGAGCCCGAGUCACUACAACGAGCAGCAGGGCUCCCCGCAGCACGUCACCUACGGGUCCUUCAACCUGCAGCACUACAGCACCUCCUCGUACCCGUCCAUCACAAGAGCACAGUAUGACUAUUCAGACCACCAAGGUGGCGCCAACUCCUACUACAGCCACGCCAGCCAAGGCUCCGGCCUGUACUCCACCUUCAGCUACAUGAGCCCCAGCCAGAGGCCCAUGUACACCCCGAUCGCCGACACCACCGGGGUGCCCUCGGUGCCCCAGACCCACAGUCCGCAGCACUGGGAGCAGCAGCCCAUUUACACGCAGCUCUCCAGGCCAUGAGGCGGCGGCCCCUCAGCACUGACUGUACAACACCCAUCCCCACGCAUAUAGACUUCUUUCUGGCCUCUGCGCCGCCACGCCACACACGCCCUUCAUUGCCAACAGAAAAACAUGAAAAGGACUUCUUUUUUUUUUUAUAGUACUGAAAAUAUAUCUUUGGAUUGGCUCACAACAGUGCCUUUUGUAUUGGUUGGAAUUGUGAUUAUAUUUUUUUAGAUAUAAUGUUUUAAAAAAAGUUAAAUCCUCUGUGAGGACAUACUGGUUAUAAAUAUUUUAGUAUGUACUGUGUAUGUGUUCUGCUCUUCAUCAUAAUCAGUGUCAUCAGCAUCCUCAUCGUCACGAUUUGAAGGUUUAACACAUCUAAAGGAGCGGGUAAAAAACACCCUCAGUGGCCUUACUUCUCACUAAUGUAUUUUUUGUACAUCAGUUUACUGACACUGCCGUCUUAUAAUACCUGCAGCCUACGUUCCGCUUUGAGUUUUUGUACUGUACAUAUUUUAUUGUAAUUCCCGCGAGAUGCAAGAAUUGAGCGAUGCAGGUUCGAAAUAGAUUUUGGCCAUACGAUAUGACCGUGUCAUCAGUGAAUUAGUCAAAUAUUCUACGUCUUGUUCUUUGCUUUAGCUCUAAUGAUUGUGUUGGAAACACUAUAGCAGGUGCCAUGUAACUCUACUAGGGGCCUUACUGUGUUGCUAGAUGUAACCGAGCAAUGCUUGCUUUUAUCCGGGUACUGCCUUUUGAUACCGUUGGUGCCUCUGGAGCCGCAGCGGAGAGGCUCCUUCCAUCUGCUGGCAUCGAAAAACCACAGCAUAGUUCUGACUUCCUGCUUGAGGAGAUGCAGGAAGUGACCUUUGACCUGAUUCUCCUCAGCAGCCAGCAGGUCUGAGUCUGGCGUGCUUCUAUCAUUCCUACAGCCCCCGUCCUUUUUUUUUUUUUUUUUCCUAACCUUUUUUCUUAAUUUAUUCUUUAGCAUUAAUUUUAUUUGAAAAUAACUAUUUUGCAAUUAUCUUCUUUUAAAUUCUGCAGCAGCUAACUGAGAUGUUUUCAGUGGCAUAGUUUGCUGCCAUAUGUGGUACAAAUUUGUUUAUUUAUCAUUUGUAAAUGUUUCCUUUAUUCAUGAUCUAGUUUAUGUACAGAUUACUUAUAAUGAGUCUUUCUCUUAAAAAAGAAAAACUGGAAGUUUUCUCUUUUUUUCUUUCUAACAAAUGAAUUAAUGGAUAUGGAAGCUGCGGCUGUUUUGUUUUUUUGUUGUAAAGAAUUUGCUGGAAUCAACAGGAUACUUUUUGUUAUUGAAAAAAAAAACGUUGCGUUCCUGGUUUUAUAUCAUGCAUCAUUAGUUCUCAUCUCGUCAUCUCCUUAAUGCAGUUUCCGUAGGUAAACAUUGCAUUGUCUUAAAAGCUUAUCUUUUGUAUUAUAUUGUUUGCAAUAAAAACAAAACACUGAGAAAUA